AUGGUUCGACAGAUCGAAAAGACUGCUCUCAACACUGUUCUCACUAUCAAUGGAAUCGAUUCUCAAGAUCAAGGAGAGUUCGCGUUGAAGAUCAAGAAUCGGUGUGGAGAGGACAAGUAUGCUAUCGGUAUUCAGGUCACCGAUCGUCCGGCACCACCUGGAAAACCAGCUGUGGAAGAUCAGAAUUUAGACUCGGUCAGACUGAGAUGGGCGGCACCGACUAAUGAUGGAGGAUCACCAGUCAGAAAUUAUACUGUGGAGAUGUGCACGGAAAAGAGCAAAACGUGGACGAAGGCUGAAGUGACUAAACAAGCGUUCAUCACUCUCUUCAACUUGGUACCUGGAGAAAGUUACACUUUCCGUGUACGUGCUGAUAACACCUUUGGGCUCUCCGAGCCAUCAGAGGAAUCUGAAGUUGUAUUCGUCAAGGAUAACAGCAGAGUUGUUGAGGAACCAAAGAAGAAGGAGGUGAAGGUAAAAGAGCAAGAAUCUGUGGACUACGAGAAAGUUGCAAAGGAAACUGGACCAUCUGAAUAUAAGACAAUUGAUAUUCACAGACUUCCGAAUGAUCUUCAAGCUAAAUAUAUUAUUCAUGAAGAACUUGGAAAAGGAGCGUAUGGUACAGUAUACCGAGCAACUGAGAAGGCGACUGGAAAGACAUGGGCUGCUAAAAUGGUUCAGGUCAGACCAGGAGUGAAGAAAGAAAAUGUCAUCCAUGAGAUUUCAAUGAUGAAUCAACUUCAUCAUGAGAAACUUUUGAAUCUCCAUGAAGCAUUCGAUAUGGGAAAUGAGAUGUGGCUCAUCGAGGAAUUCGUUUCCGGAGGUGAACUUUUCGAGAAAAUCUUGGAAGAUGAUUCAUUGAUGAGUGAAGAAGAAGUGAGAGAUUACAUGCAUCAGAUUCUCUUGGGAGUAUCUCAUAUGCAUAAGAAUCAAAUAGUUCAUUUGGACUUGAAACCAGAGAAUAUUCUACUCAAAGCCAAGAACUCUACUGAUCUCAAAAUCAUUGACUUUGGACUUGCACGCAAACUCGAUCCAAAGAAGAGUGUGAAACUUCUCUUCGGAACUCCAGAAUUCUGUGCACCAGAAGUUGUGAACUACCAACCAGUUGGACUUUCAACGGAUAUGUGGACAGUUGGAGUCAUCUCUUAUGUACUUCUCUCUGGCCUUUCUCCAUUCCUUGGGGACAGCGAUGAGGACACCCUGGCGAAUGUUUCGGCUGCUGAUUGGGACUUUGAUGAUCCAAGUUGGGAUGAUGUCUCUGAUUUGGCAAAGGAUUUCAUUUGUCGAUUGAUGAUUAAGGAUAAGAGGAAGAGAAUGUCUGUUCAAGACGCAUUGAGACAUCCAUGGAUUACGGGUCCGUUAUUGUCUGCGUUCAAUGAUUUGUCCGAAUAUGUUAAGAAAAUGCAACCAAAACCAGACAAGAGUGGAGUUCCAGCCAGACAAAAGAGAAACUUCUUAUCUCUCAAGAGAUGGUCGGAUGAUCUACUUCCAAUCGGACGUCUCGCCAAGAGAGGAGCCAUCUUCCGACGACUCACUAUGGAUGGAGUAUUCGAGAGAAAUAUCGCUUUCGAUACUGAUGCUGCUCCAAGUGUCAAGAAACAGCUCGAAGACAUUGUUGCCAACGUUGGAGAUCUCAUUGCCACUCUUUCUUGUGAUGUUGAUGGAGUUCCAAGUCCAAAGGUUCAAUGGUACAAGGAUGACAAGGAGUUGACAGUACCUUCUAUGAAGUAUGACUCAUUCUACAAUGAGGGACUUGCUGAGCUCACUGUCAAGAAUAUCGUUGAGUCGGAUGCCGGAAAGUACACUUGCAGAGCUACGAAUGACUUGGGAAGUAUCAUGACUCAUGCCAAAUUGUCUGUCAAAUCUGAUGAUAAGAAGAAAAAGAAGUCUGAAACAUCUCCAGCUGUCAUUGAGAAGAAGAAGGAUCGUAAGACUUCGAAAGUUGUCGUUGUCGAGGAAAUGAUUGAUAUGCCACCAAACUUCCAUCAUUUACUUCAAGACGAUGAAGCUAAGAUCGGCGAGCCAAAGGUUCUCGUUGUCACGAACACAACACUUCCUGAGCCAACUGUUGAAUGGUAUCACAAUGGAGAACACAUCAGUAUCAAUGAUAGCAACUAUCUCCGAAAACACGAUAAGGGACGUUAUGAACUUCAUAUUUUGAGUGUCGACGCUACAGAUGAAGGAAAAUGGAAAGCUGUUGGAAAGAAUGCCUUCGGAGAAUGUGAAAGUGAAGCGAAGCUAACUGUAGUCAUCCCUGAUGGACAGUUUGCUCCAUCGUUCGGAAGACAGCUCAGUGAUGUCAAAUGUUCUGAAUCAGACAUUCUCAAGCUUGAGGUCAACAUCAAGGCAAAUCCAGCUCCAGAGAUCAAUUGGUUCCGUAACGAAGCUGAAAUCGAGCACUCUCAAAGACACCGACUUCAAUUUGAUGAUGGAAGUGGCAACUACUCGCUGACUAUCAUCGAUGCAUAUGCCGAGGAUAGUGGAGAAUACAAGUGUGUCGCUAAGAAUAAGAUCGGAAAGGCUCACACAGUUUGCUGCGUCCGAAUCGAGGAGUUGUUAUCCAAGAGAAGCAAGAAGAUCGAUGGCUCAAAGGCGCCAAGAUUCAGAAUGCAACUACCAACUCCAAGAGAAGUACCACAAGGAUCUGAUCUCACUCUGGUUUGCUCUGUUUCUGGAACACCACAUCCAAAUAUCAAGUGGACAAAGGACGAUCAACCAAUUGAUAUGACCAACAAACAAGUCAGACAUGAGAAUGGAGUCUGCACUCUUCACAUCAUUGGAGCAAGAGAUGAAGAUCAAGGUCGCUAUGUUUGUGAAGCUGAAAACAUCCAUGGAGUUGCCCAGAGUUUCUCAGUUGUUGAAAUCAAGGAGGCAGUUGAUAAGGAUCAUAUUAAACCAAAGUUCUUGGAACCAUUGGUCAAUUGCUCGACUUGUGAAGGAAACGAGAUUGUUCUCGAAUGCUGUGUCACUGGAAAACCAAUUCCAACUAUCACUUGGUACAAAGACGGACUCAAAUUGAUCAUCGAGAACAGAAUGCUCCAGUACACUGAUCGUAAGGGAGUCUCCAGAUUGAACAUCAUGAAUGUUGUGAUGGAUGAUGCUGGUGAAUACACUUGUGAAGCAGUCAACACUCUCGGAAAAGAUUUUACUCAUUGUACUGUCAAGGUGGUUGAUAUGGGAUUGGCUAAAACGAGACUGACGCCUGUUAGAAGCAGAAGCAGAAGUCGAAGCAGAUCUCCGUCAGUUCUCGGAGGAGAAAUUCAACGUCCACCAGUAGUAACAAGACCAUUGGCUGAUGCAACUGUCACUGAAGGAAACCGUGAACUUCUUGAAGUGGAAGUUGAUGGAUACCCAACACCAACAAUUGAAUGGUACCAUGAUGGAAAACUAGUUGCUGAGAGUCGAACACUGAGAACUUACUUUGAUGGACGUGUCGCAUUCCUGAAGAUUUAUGAAGCACACGAUGAGCACAAUGGACAGUACGUUUGCAAAGUGAGCAACAAAUUGGGAGUUGUUGAGACAAGAGCUUGUGUUGUUGUCGAGGCACCAGAUGCAGCUGAGCACGUCACCCAGAUGCCAACGUUCGUCAAAAAGUUGCAAGACGUUGUUUUGAAGACCGCUGGAGAGACGGCCACGUUCACGUGUCAGUCAUACGCUAAUCCAGCCGCCCAAGUAGUUUGGCUGCACAAUGGAAAAGCAUUGCAGCAGACGAAGAGCAAUUAUAAGACGCGGCUGUUCGACGACAACACUGCGACGCUUGUCAUUGAGAACGUCAGCGAUGAGCUAUGCGGAACCUACACAGCAGUAGCGACGAAUCAAUUUGGAGAUGUUCACACUUCGGCACAACUCACGAUUACUGGAGGUGAAGCGAAGAAAGUCGCCGCAUCACUUCCCUACUUCAUCAUUGAGCCAAAGCCCAAAAUCAAUGUGGUUGAAGGCGCAACCCUUUCCAUUCAAGCCGACUUGAAUGGCUCACCUACACCGGAAGUGGUUUGGUUGAAGGAUAAUAGCGAGCUCGUUGAAAACGAUCGCAUUCAAAUGAAGUGCGACGGCGUCAACUAUCAACUUGUGGUGCGUGAUGUUGGAUUGGAAGAUGAGGGAACUUAUACGAUCACUGCUGAAAAUGAAAAAGGAAAAGUGAGACAGAAUACAGAAGUCUCUGUUACAAAGUCAAAGGAUGUCAAGGACAAGAAAGAGAAGAAGAAGGUUGAGAAGAAGGACGAAGAUAAGAAGAAACCAGGACGUCCAGGACUUCCAAGACCAUCUGGUGCAUCCAAGACAGAACAAGUCACCAUUGCAUUCGACGCCCCUUCAGAAGGCCCAGCUGACAGUUAUGAAGUUGAAAGAAGAUGUCCAGAUCAACGAGAAUGGACCAAGUGUGGAACCACGAAAUCUCUGGAACUUGAAGUCAAAGGAUUGACCCCAAACACAGAGUACAUCUUCCGUGUUGCCGGCAAAAACAAGCAAGGACUCGGAGAAUGGGCUGAAAUGACAACGACCUUGAAGACAGCAUCGAUCGGACAAGCUCCACAAUUCAGCAUCCUUCCCCAACAGAAAAUGAUUGUGAAUCGAGAUGAUGAAUUCGAAAUUGUCGUGGAAUUCAGUGGAACUCCAGCUCCUUCUGUCAAAUGGUACAAAGAAAAUGUUCAAGUUGUCUCUGAUGAUAAGAUCAAUGUGACAACAACAUCAACAUCAUCGAUCCUCAACUUGAAAUCUCAAGAAGAAAAUGGAACUCUCACUUGUUUCAUUGAGAACGAACUCGGACAAGCGUCUGCUUCCUGCCAAGUCACCGUAUUCAACAGAGCCUCUUCCCUACAAUCCACUCCAGAUCAUUCUCUAGAACGUAAUCUGGUUCCAAAUGUUCAAAAACAAUUGAACAAUGAAAGUGCUCAAGCUGGACAACAAAUCAUGUUGACUUGCCGUAUCAGUUCAAGAUCUGAAAGCACAAUCGCUUGGUUCAAAGAUGACGAGCGUAUCGAAUCAGCUGGAAGAUACGAGUUGUCAAGUGAUAAGAAAUCAAAUCACAAGCUGGUUUGCCACGCUGUUCAGUCUCAAGACGCUGGAAAGUACAGAUGCGUUGUCACCAACAAAUACGGAUACGCUGAAAGUGAAUGCAGUGUCACCGUAGAAGACGUCACUAAAUUCAUCGCCCCAUCCUUCUCAUCAACUCUUUCUGACUCCACUGCAAUGAUUGGCCACAAUUUUACUCUGGAGUGCAAGGUCGAGGGAUUCCCAACACCUGAAAUCAGCUGGACAAAAGAUGGAGAACGAAUCUCCACGACCAGAAGAAUUCGUCAGAUUGAAGAAGAAAAUGGAACCUGUAAACUAGUGAUUUCCAAAGCUGAAUCAGAAGAUAUGGGAGUCUAUGUGUGCUCAGCUACCAGUGUAUCUGGUGUUGACUCUACAUCCAGCAUGGUUAUGAUUGCCAAAACCACUGGAACUGAUUCCCAUCUUGUCAUUGCUCAAACACUUGAUGACAAACAAGAAAAACCGAGAUUCAUCAGAGCCCCUCCUUCUCUUAUCGAGGUUAACGAAAGCGGACAGUUUACACUUGUCGCAAAAGCAAUUGGAGAGCCAAAACCAACAGUCACAUGGCUAAAAGACGGGAGGGAAAUUCUUAGAACCAACCGAAUUUACCAUCAUUUCGUCACAGGAGACGGAGAAAGUCAUCUGAUCGCCGAGUGCGUCGUCUCCAAAACUUCUGGAAUUUUCAGUUGCAAAGCUGAAAAUCCAAAUGGCACAGUCAUCGCCGAAACUCAAGUCAUCGUACAGAAAAUGAAACCAACGAGUGACCUCGCAAACGUCGCACCGAAAUUCAUCAUUCCUCUAACUGACAUGGGAAUUGUGAAUGGACAUCCGACUACUUUAAGCUGCAAUGUAACCGGAUCUCCUGAACCGACUCUCGAAUGGAUUUAUAUCGAUGACUCUGGAAAUAAGACCAAUUUGACAAGCUCUACGACUAGCUGGACUGAAUGCAGAUUCGGAAAAGUUGCUGAGCUGAAAUCGGAGCGUGUGAUGAGAGAACAACGCGGAACAUAUCAAUGUGUCGCUACUAACUCAUCUGGACAAGCCACCACACAAUGUUAUCUUCUUGUUGGUGAACUGUCGGAUGAGCCAGCAGGACCACCACGUUUCGUGAAAUGUCUUCAAGACACAUGGACACCGCUCAAAGAAUCCAUUGAGUUCUCCGUGGAACUCGCUGGAUUCCCAACUCCAGACUUGACCUGGUAUCAUAACGAAAAGAAGGUCGUCGAAGGAAAAGAUGUCAAGAUUACUUUCCCUUCGGACACUACCAGUGUCCUUUCCAUCAAGAACGUUUCUUUAGCAAAUCUCGGAAUGUAUUAUGUUGAAGCAUCCAAUAUCCACGGUGUGCUGCGAACCGCCGGAAGAUUGAAUGUUUCAGAUGAACGAAGAAAAGCUGAACCACCACAGUUCAAACACGUUCUUGAGCCAGUACUUGCCGUACAACCAAAAGUUGCGUUCUCAGAAGAACAUCCAAGAGCAUCAUCAUCUGCUGCCACUGCAAGAGUCAAGAAGGGAGCUGCGCCCAUGUUCUUGCAAGGGUUAGAAGAUAUGGACUUGAAAGCUGGAGCAUCUGCUGCAGUCGCUGGAAAGCUCGGAAGGAAGCUGCGUCCUCACCGAAGCACCACCAACGACGCCGACAAACUUGCGAAGGCCCUCGCUCAAAGUCUGAAACUCGAAGAACCAAGGCAUUCCAUCGAUAGUCGACCGGAAAGUGCUGCGAACACGGCGCUCGACGAGGUUCGUGCUGCAAUCAACUCUCGUAACAAGCGUACGUGUCGCCCGAAAUUCAUGGUGAAGCCAAAACCGAAGAAGGUUCUCGAGGAGUACAAAUCACUGAGACUCAAAACAGCAAUCAGUGGUAACCCAAUGCCACAAGUUCAUUGGGACAAGGAAGGUAUCAUUUUGGAGACUGGUAACAAGUAUUCUAUCUAUAAUGACGGGGACUUUUACUAUCUGGAGGUCCAUCACGUUUCGACUUUCGACAAGGGAUUCUACAAUUGUACUGCUGCGAACAAUGAAGGAAUCAUCACUUGUACAUCUGAGAUCGAUGUGCUACCCAAUAAAGAAGAUUCGGCUGCUCAGGUAGCAAAACGGAAAAGUCGGAAGGAGGCCAAAGCCCCCAACUUCAUCGAAGUCCUGCCUGGCAGGUCUCAGGCAAAUCUAAAUGAGUCUCUAUGCGUGGAAUGCUCGGUCAGUGCAUACCCAUGCGCGUCAAUCAUCUGGACAAGAAACUCUGUUCGUCUAUUGCCACAAGCUGACCGAUACACCAUGUCGUACGAUGGUGAAUGUGCCUCACUGAAAUUCAUCUCGGUGGCGCCAGGUGACGAAGGAACGUACUCUUGUGAAGCUGUCAACGAGCACGGAAGUGCUGUUUCAACGAUGAAUCUGCAAGUCAGUGGAAUGGAUCCCAAUGCUGCUGAAGGAAUCCCUCCACUCUUCAGAUUCGAAAAGAUAAAAUCGGUGCGAAAAGUUGUGGACGGAAGUCGGGUCGAGCUAGCUGCUGAGCUCAUCCAGGCGUCCGAACCACUCCAAAUCCGUUGGCUUCGCAACAAGGUCACAAUUGUUGACUCACCUUCGUUCAGUUAUUCAAGAUCUGAAAAGAUGGUUUUCCUCACUAUCGCCGAUGUCUUCCCGGAAGACGGUGGCGAGUACACUGUGGAAGCCAAAAACCAAUCUGGUAUUGCGCGCUGCACAAUGCAACUUGAUGUUAGAAAUAACGAACGAUCAGUAGCUGAAGAAGCGCCACGAGUAUUUGACUUUGAGCGAACAACAAGAUCGGAUCCUGGAGCCAGCGUUGAGCUGCGCGCUAAGGUUAUCGGGCACCCGGAUCCAGUUAUCUCUUGGUCGAAGGCCGGUCAGAAAUUGAAUAAUGAGGAACGAUAUUUGAUGAGAAACGAGGGUGACACGUUCAUCCUUCGAAUUUCCAAUGUGGCUCGUGCCGAUGCUGGAAAGUAUGUGUUGACUGCGAUCAACUCAUCCGGACAAGCAAAUGCUGAGCUGGAAUUGACAGUUGUACAAUCUACAAAAACUGUCGGAGAGAAACCGAAAUUCCACGAGUCACCGAUUUCAGUACAAACGUGCGAGAAGAACAGAGCAGAGCUGCGCGCUUCGUUCUCUGGCACACCAACUCCAACAUGUCGGUGGUUCUAUAAUGGAAAUGAGUUGAUUGAUGGUCUCGAUGGAUACACUAUCUCAACAUCUGAAGCCAAUUCGUCACUAUUGAUCAACUCAAUCGACAAGAAACAUUUCGGUGAAUACCUGUGCACAAUUCGUAACCAAAACGGUGAAGAGUUGGCGAAUGCAAUGAUUCUAUCCGAAGUGUUGUCCUUGUUCCUCUCAUCAUCGUCGUCUUCAAUUGUGUUCGUUUCUAUGUUUGUUCAAGUCUAUAUUGCUCGUCUGCUGCACUUCCUCAACGAAGAACGAUUCGUCGGUAGAAACAUUUUCGCUUAA